AUGAAUGCUUAUAAACAUGCCCCAAAUGAGGUUACUAGAGACAAAAUGGAUUUAAAAGAAACUCUUGAACAAGAAAUACAAAUACAAAGCGCGUCAUCACAAGAAGUUAUAGUAGAGAAUAAGGAUAAUGAAACUACAAGUGAAUUUGUUAAUGAGGGACUGGAAUUCUGGAACAAACGAAGAGAAUUAUGGACUCGCGAGAAUCAAAACAUUUCAGAAACUUUUGAUAACAAAGAUAACCCGGCUUUGUCGAAUAUUACUCCAAACAAUUAUAAUUCCAUAUAUGAUUCUCUAGUUCAUGAAAAGAAAAAGUUGGUAAGACCUAUUCCUUUACCUUACGUGAGAGAUGGUGUUUGGCCUAUUGAACCACCACCGGCUUCUUCUUCCAAUACAAAUGUUCAAAAUGAUCAAAAGUCAUGA